CAAAAAAAGAAGAAAAAGAUGGGGAGAAGACCAUGCUGUGAGAAAAUGGGAUUGAAGAAAGGGCCAUGGAGUGCUGAAGAAGAUCGAAUCUUGAUCAAUUAUAUUCGUCUCAACGGCCAUCCCAAUUGGAGAGCUCUUCCUAAAUUAGCCGGGCUACUUCGGUGCGGCAAAAGUUGCAGGCUUCGUUGGAUUAAUUAUUUGAGACCAGACAUCAAACGUGGCAAUUUCACUCCUCAAGAAGAAGAAACUAUCAUCAACUUGCAUCAAAUCUUAGGCAACAGAUGGUCUGCUAUAGCUGCAAAAUUGCCGGGAAGAACAGACAACGAAAUAAAAAAUGUUUGGCACACUCAUUUAAAGAAAAGACUCCAGCAAAAUCAAGAUCCAACAGAUAACAGCGAAACGAUUUUCGACAGUGACGAGAAAAUCGUCCCCACUAUAGCUGCUGCAAAGAGGCCACUGUCUCCGCAACAACAAUCUAGCAGUAGUACAAACAUUUCAGCGGUUACAACAUCGGGAAACAAUAACGACACAUCCAAUAACAACAACAAAGACUCUGCGACGUCAUCUGAAGAUGUUCUUGCGUUGAUAGAUGAGAGCUUUUGGUCAGAAGUCGUAUCGAUGGAUUGCAACAUUUCGGAAGAUGAGAAUAAAGACCAAAAGGUAGAGAAUUGGGAGGGAUCAUCGUUAGAUAGAAACGAUGAGGUUUAUAACUAUUGGAAAUUGUAUAACCAUGACACGGAGCAUUGGUUUGAUCUUCGUAUAGUUGGAGAAAUUUCCGACAUUUCUUCUGAGUUUUGA